CUCUAUCCUCCGCAGCCCCAGCGCUAGCGAACGCCGCCGGCGCUUCGAGCCCGGUCCCCGAGAAGCCAUGGCGAAGUCCAAGGGCCGUCAGUACCUUUGGAUGUGCUUGGCUGCGGCGCUGGCGUGUUUCCUGGCGGGGUUCAUGAUGGGCUGGUUUAUUAAGCCUGUCAAAGAAACAGCCACUUCAGACCGCCAUCAUCAAAGCAUACGGUGGAAACUGGUAUCCGAAAUGAAUGCUGAAAACAUUAAAUCAUUUCUCCGUUCUUUUACAAGACUUCCUCAUCUGGCAGGAACCGAACAAAAUUUGCUGCUUGCCAAGAAAAUCCAAACCCAGUGGAAGACGUUUGGACUAGACUCAGCCAACUUGGUUCAUUAUGAUGUUCUCUUAUCUUACCCUAAUGAGACAAAUGCCAAUUAUGUAUCAAUUGUGGAUGAACAUGGAAUUGAGAUUUUCAAUACCUCGUGUCUUGAACUACCACCUGAUGGAUAUGAGAAUGUUACAAAUAUUGUACCACCAUAUAAUGCUUUCUCAGCCCAAGGCAUGCCGGAGGGAGAUCUUGUCUAUGUGAAUUAUGCGCGUACUGAAGACUUUUUCACACUAGAAAGAGAGAUGAACAUCAACUGUACUGGAAAGAUUGUUAUUGCAAGAUAUGGAAAAAUCUUCAGAGGAAAUAAAGUUAAAAAUGCCAUGUUAGCAGGAGCCAUAGGAAUCAUCUUGUACUCAGAUCCAGCUGACUACUUUGCCCCUGAGGUACAGCCAUAUCCCAAAGGGUGGAAUCUUCCUGGAACUGUGGCCCAGAGAGGAAAUGUACUGAAUUUGAAUGGUGCUGGUGACCCACUCACUCCAGGCUAUCCAGCGAAAGAGUACACCUUUAGACUUAAUGUUGAAGAAGGAGUGGGAAUCCCCAAAAUACCUGUACAUCCUAUUGGAUAUUAUGAUGCAGAAAUAUUACUACGCCAUUUGGGAGGAGCUGCUCCACCAGAUGAGAGCUGGAAGGGAACUCUUAAUGUGAGUUACAAUAUUGGGCCUGGCUUUGCAGGAAGUUAUUCUUACAGGAAAGUUAGAAUGCAUAUUCAUAACACCAAUAAAAUUACAAGAAUUUACAAUGUAAUUGGAACUAUCAGAGGAUCUGUAGAGCCUGACAGAUACGUCAUUCUGGGAGGUCACCGGGACUCCUGGGUGUUUGGAGCUAUUGACCCAACCAGUGGGGCUGCUGUUUUGCAAGAAAUUGCCCAGAGUUUUGGAAAAUUGAUGAGUAAAGGCUGGCGACCAAGAAGAACUAUUAUUUUUGCCAGCUGGGAUGCAGAAGAAUUUGGACUUCUGGGUUCCACAGAAUGGGCAGAGGAGAAUGCAAAAAUACUCCAGGAGAGAAGUAUUGCUUAUAUCAACUCAGAUUCAUCUAUAGAAGGCAAUUUUACUCUCAGAGUUGACUGUACACCCCUUCUUUACCAACUGGUGUAUAAACUGACAAAGGAGAUUCCCAGCCCUGAUGAUGGUUUUGAGAGUAAAUCACUUUAUGAAAGUUGGUUGGAAAAAGACCCUUCUCCUAAAGAUAAAAAUUCUCCUAGAAUCAAUAAAUUGGGAUCUGGAAGUGAUUUUGAAGCUUAUUUUCAAAGACUUGGAAUUGCUUCUGGCAGAGCUCGCUACACUAAGAAUAAGAAAACAGAGAAGUACAGCAGCUAUCCAGUAUACCACACAAUUUAUGAGACAUUUGAAUUGGUAGAGAAAUUUUAUGAUCCCACAUUUACCAAACAACUUUCAGUGGCUCAGUUACGAGGAUCACUGGUAUAUGAACUUGCGGACUCUAAAAUCAUUCCUUUUAAUAUUCAAGACUAUGCAAAAGCCUUGAAAAACUAUGCAACAAGUAUCUAUAAUUUAUCCAAGAAACAUGACCAACAAAUGAGAGACCAUGGAGUAUCAUUUGACUCCUUAUUUUCUGCUGUGAACAACUUCUCAGAGGCUGCUUCAGAUUUUCAUAGAAGACUUGCACAGGUUGAUCUUAAUAAUCCCAUUGCAGUGAGAAUCAUGAAUGACCAACUGAUGUUUCUGGAAAGAGCAUUCAUUGAUCCCCUUGGCUUACCAGGGAGGCGGUUCUACAGGCACAUCAUCUUUGCUCCAAGUAGCCAUAACAAAUAUGCUGGAGAAUCAUUUCCUGGGAUCUACGAUGCUUUGUUUGAUAUUGAAAAUAAAGCAGACCCUCGUUUGGCCUGGACGGAAGUAAAGAAACAUAUUUCUAUUGCGGCUUUUACAAUUCAAGCAGCAGCAGGAACUCUGAAAGUAUUAUAGAAAGGUCUCAAGUGUCUAGCCAUUAAAGAUGCUGCUGAAACUCUGAGGAUAAAAUUCAUCUUUUCUCUGAUAGCUCAUGAAGCCAGGGUGUUCUAACAACUCGCUUUUCAUGUCAUGUUUUAAUUACAGACUUCUAUCUUGUUCAUCUUUACAAAGAGUUUUUGGCUCUUAAAACAUUCAACAAAGUGUUAAUCUAACAAAACAAAAAAUUCCUGUCAUGUGGCAGAAAAAGAAAGUAACAGAAAAUUCCCUAAAAUAAAUUAUGGCAAGGAACUUGAAUUCUCAGACAUUGCUGAGAAAAUGCUAAAAUCAAUUUGGAAGACAGUCUGGUAGUUUCUUAUAAAGGUAAACAU